GAGGAGUGGCGUUCUCUCUAUUUCCCUCCUCUUUCAGUUCAGACACACGCGUCUUCUUUAUUUUCUACGUUCAUGCCAACACACUCUCGUUUUUCAUAAAGCUCUCUUCUUUUUUCUCUUCAUUAAUCUUUUAUCAACUCACUAUUCUCCUCAAGCUAUGAUUAUAAUCCUCAGGUUUCUUUGCAAUUCAGUACACAGAGACAGUUAUGUUUGUAUAUAAAACAUAGAGUAUACAACUCUCCAGAAGAUAAGCAAAUCUUGAAUAAUUCAUUAUUUAAUUCUUUCUUUUUGAGAAGAUUUGCAGCUUUUUUUAAUUCAAAGAUCUUCUGUGAAACGGUUUAUUUUUUACUGUUUAGUUUUCUUUAUUAAAUAAACAAAACCUGUAGUACUUGAUGGCUUCGGCAGACCUUGAUUCCUCCUGGCUAUCUGCAGCCAGUGAAUCAGUUGGUGGAUAUUUCAAUAUACAUAUGGUGGAAGUGAAUUCCGGCAAUGUUUUAUGUCUGCCAGAAUCUACCACCGCUUCUGUAUCUUAUAGUAAUACAAUACCGAAACCACCUCCUUUUCCUGAUAAAACACUUUUAAGAGCCAAUAACAGCAAAAAGAUUUCAGCAUGUUUCUCUGUUCCGAAGGAGAUAAGAGACACAUGGGAUAGGCUCUUCACGGAAGGAUAUGGUGCUGAUGUUUAUAUCAUUACAGAUGGAAACUCAUAUAUUCCGGCUCAUUUCAAUGUUUUGAGUUGUGUGUCACCCGUUCUUCGGAAUCUUCUCGAGCAAUCAAAAGUUAAGAACGGAAUAAGAUACAUCAAAAUCCGUGGUGUACCUUCUGAAGCUGUCUAUGCUUUCACUCAAUAUCUGUACUCAUCCUGCUUUGAAGAGGAAAAAAUGAAGAAGUUUGCUCUCCACUUGUUGGUUUUGUCGCAUGCAUACUCAAUUCCGUCACUGAAAAGAAUUUCCCAACGUCUCCUGGAGCGGGGCUUGCUGUCCAAAGAAAAUGUGAUAGAUGUACUUCAGUUAGCAAGGAACUGUGAUGCGCCACGGCUUUCCUUUAUCUGCGUUCGUAUGGUUGUGAAUGACUUCAAAUCUAUUUCAUCAACUGAAGGUUGGAAGGUUAUGAAGCGUGCUAAUCCUGCCCUUGAACAAGAGCUCCUGGAGUUUGUUGUUGAAGCAGACACGCGAAAAACAGAGAGGGCGAGAAAAAUGGAAGAGAAGAAAGUGUACUCACAACUCUACGAGGCAAUGGAGGCACUUCUUCAUAUAUGCAAGGACGGGUGCAGGACAAUUGGUCCUCGGGACAAAGUGCUGAAAGGAACCCAUGUAAGAUGCAAUUUUCCUGCAUGCAAAGGGCUAGAGAAUCUAGUCCGUCAUUUCUCGAAUUGUAAGACUCGAGUUCCUGGUGGAUGUGUUCACUGCAAACGCAUGUGGCAGCUUCUUGAACUGCACUCACGGUUGUGUAACGAGCCAGAUUCUUGCAAGGUUCCCCUUUGUAGGCAUUUCAAGGAUAAAAUGCAGCAGCAAACCAAGAAAGAUGAAGUUAGAUGGAAACUGUUGGUAGCCAAAGUAGUAGCAGCCAAGUUCCAUUCACAGUUAGGCAUGCCAGUUUUGUUACAAUAACCAUUACAGGGACAAAAGUUUGCAGUUCAAAUGUAAAACAACAUUUCUGUUACUAUGAGCAACACUUCUCAUUUUCAAUAAUAAUUUUCAACAUCAAGGUUGAAUUUGGAGU